UAUUCACCAGAUUGUAGUCCUGCAGCUAGUCGGUGCCUCACCCAGACAUCUGGCCACAUGGAGGCGCCACCGUCCAGGUUUCUGCUACUCUAUGGCUCCCAGACAGGACAGGCCCAAGCCAUAUGUGAAGAGAUUUAUGAGAACUGCCAGAAAUAUGGACUGAAACCUGAACUGCAUUGCCUCAGUAUGACAGAGAAAAAGUUUUGUUUGGAGCGUGAGACCUGUGCUGUAGUGGUGUGUUCUACAACAGGAGAAGGUGAAGUGCCGGAUACUGCCUCCAAGUUUGUGAGACGUCUGAAGAAGAAAACUUUGCCCAGUACCCACCUUCAACACCUGCGUUAUUCAUUGCUAGGGCUAGGAGAUUCUAACUAUACUAACUUUUGUAAUGGUGGAAAGACGGUAAACAAACGUUUUGAAGAAUUGGGGGCCAGAAAGUUUUAUCCCUGUGGCUGGGCUGAUGACGCAGUGGGCCUGGAGGUUGCUGUGGAGCCGUGGCUGGAAGGUUUGUACCCUGCUCUCUGCAGACAUUUGGGACUUGAUAUCCCAGACACCAUUCAAAGCAGCAACAAACAUUUAGAAAAUAAAGACCAGGUCCUCAGUGAUGCAAUAGAAAACAAAGAACCAAACUUUAUUGGGCAUGGAAACAAAGAAAUGGCAGGUGUUGAUGAAAAAAAUGACUCGAUUCAUCAAAAUGUGAAAAAUAGUAUAAAUGCACAGACACUUACAGGAAAUGGGGAUUUUGUUGGUAUAGAUGAUAAUAAAGAUCAGAACUUUGGCAAAGUUUCUGAAUCUGAAAUACUGGAAUCAGUUGGUGGAUUUCCUUUACCAAGUUGUGUGGUUCACUCAAAUCCAUAUGCUCAAACAAGUGAUUGCUCAAAUAAAGUCAAACUGGAUCGAGAUGGUUGUAGUCAUGGUAACACAGAUGGGAAUGCUAAAGCAGAUGAAGAGCUCAAUUCAAACAAUUCUGUUCAAGGUAAUGGGGCAGUUUUACAUACAGUUCAGGGAGAAAGUUCCAUUUCUUUAAAUGUGUCAGAUAAUGGAUAUAGAAGUGAGAUGGCUAGUCAGGUAAAAAGUGGAGAGAAAGUAGCCCAGAUCUCCAACUCUAGCACUGACACAAACUCUGUCAGCAGAGAAGACACAAGGCUGUCACUGAGCCCAGAGAAUUCCUCCGCCCCCUCCCUGGCAGUUUCAACACAGCCACUAUGUGACAAGGCACUGUCUGUGCCAAGAGAAGACACAAGGUUGUCUCAGAGUCCAGAGACAUCCCCCGCCCCCACCCUGGCAGCGUCAGUACAACCACUAUGUGACAAGGCACUAUCUGUGCCAAGUCUUCCACAGCCUUUCCUUGAGCUGGAGUUUCUUCAUGGUACCUCCUGGGAUAAUCAGGACCAGAUUCCAGUUCAAAAUGGUUGCCCAAUGCCAUCUGCCACAUCAGCUGUUACCAUGGCAACCAUAGUGUCCGCCACCAGGUUGACUAGAGAAGAUGCUUUGAAAACCGCUCUGGACAUUGAACUGGACAUCACAGGGACAUCAAUAGACUAUGAGCCUGGUGACACAUUUGGUGUGGUCUGUGUUAAUGACAAGAAGGAGUGUGAUAUGUUGAUUGACAGGCUCCAGCUGUCAGACAUAGCAGAUGUUCCCUUCAGAAUGAUGUUGAAGCAGGAAACAAAAAAGAAGCUGGCUGUGGUACCUCCCCACCUCCCCAACCCUUGUACUGUCCGUCAUGCCCUGGUGACAGGGUGUGAUAUCAGAACAGCACCAAAGAAGGCUUUUUUACGUCUGCUGGCUGAGUACACUUCACAUGAUGGACAGAAGAGACGUUUGCUGGAACUAAGCAGUCGUGAGGGAGCUCCUGAUUAUGCCAAGUUCAUCAGGGAAAGCAAGGUGACCUUGUACGAUAUUCUCCGUGCUUUCCCAGCAUGCACUCCUCCGUGGAGUAGGGUGCUUGAGCACCUGCCACGGCUGCAGGGCCGCCCCUACUCCUGUAGCAGCUCUCCUCUGGCCAGACCUGGGCGCCUCCAUUUUGUCUUCAACAUCCUGGAGUUUCCGUCUGGAGAGGGAAGGAUUCUGUCCCGUCAGGGUGUGUGCACGGGAUGGCUGAACAGGCUGACUGCUGCCUGCCAGACUGGGAUAAAUGGGAAAAUGGAGGAGCAUGGGACAGCCACCUCUCAGACUGGGAUAACUUGGGACAUGGAGGAGCACGGGACAGCCACCUCUCAGACUAGCAUAACUGCAGACGUGGAGGAGCACGGGACAGCCACCUCCCAGACUGGGACAGUUGGGGACAUUGAGGAGCACAGGACAGCCACCUCCCAGACUGGGACAGUUGGGGACAUGGAGGAGCAUGGGACAACCACACCCCAGACUGGGACAGUUGUGGACAUGGAGGAGCAUGGGACAGCCACCUCCCAGACUGGGACAGUUGGGGACAGAUGGUUGCUGGAUAAGGUCCAGAGUCUGAGCUUACACAUGCCUAAGGUCCCCAUUUACCAGCGCAGCAACCAGUAUUUCCACCAUCCACAGUCGCUUGACACACCCUUGAUCAUGAUAGGUCCUGGCACAGGAGUGGCACCUUUUGUAGGGUUCCUACAGCACAGGGCUGAACUGAAGAAAAUUCAAGCCCCGCCCACCCUUGGAGCUACCUGGCUAUUCUUUGGCUGCAGACAUAAAGACAAGGACUUUUUGUACAGAGAGCAGUUGGAGCAGUUUGCCAAAGAAGGUAUCCUUACAAAACUUUUGACAUCCUUCUCAAGAGACCAACUACCAGAUGGCGCUCCACGCUAUGUGCAAGACAACCUGGGACUCCAUGCACAGGAAGUAGUGGACCUUAUUGACUGCCACGGAGCUGUAGUGUAUGUGUGUGGGGAUGCCAAAAAUAUGGCAAGGAACGUUAAUGAGAAAUUCUUGGAUAUUUUGCAGAUGAUAAAAGGUUUCAGCCUGGAAGAAGCCAGGGUUUAUCUAAUGGAAAAGAGACAGAGUAGAAAAUACCUGGAAGAUAUUUGGUCCUGACAGAAUUACAUCAGUUGGAGUGCCAUUGACGUUUUCUUCCCUCAUGAAGAUUACCAGUUUUUAUGAAGGGAAAGAGGGAAAUACACUGGCAAAGCUAGAAUAUGAAUAUAGCUGGUUUUAAUAUGGUUCACAAACUGUGUUAUCUCAGUGGGUGUCGUGUGAUGGAUAGCUGUUGUUCUCUGUCUUUGAUAACAAGCCUCUUUAUGUCUCUGCUCAUUAAACAAAAGAUUUUGUGAUGUCAGAUAAUGUUUGUUCUUCCCUGUAGUAAAGAGGGCUGACAGAAUGAGGUGACAUUUAAAUGACUUUAUUGAAAAUAGUUUUGUUCCUAAGGCUGCUGUGAAUUUAAACAAUUUGUAAAUUUUAUAAAUAUGAAUUAGAAACGCGCUGUUGCAGUCCCAGUAAGUGGUUUCUGCCGGAUUUGAUACAAAUUGAUGUUCACUAAGACAUAUUUUACCAUAAUAAUGAAAGAUUUAAUUUGAAAUUUAUUUUGUUUAGCCACGGAUCUAAUUUUUUUUAUUGAGCCGCAUUUGCCGUGUAGUG